UCGUAUAAAUAAAACUGCAAAUUGAAAACAAUUUUACUGUACGAUAGUGUCGAUAAUGGUAACGGUGUUCGCUUGCAUAUUAGUAUAUUAAACAUGUUGUGUUACUUUAACUUGGAGUUAUUCUUAUGAGUUUUAUUACCAUCUAAUAUCGUCACCACUCGACACUCACCUGCCGGAAACUAUUAUACUGUGCGAGACCACAGAACAACCACACAAUAACUGUAAUAUUAUUUUGUAACCAACAGUGUGCUGCGACCGUAUAAAAUAUAACCGAAUAAGUACUAAUACCGUAGGAAUCGUCAUAUAAUGCGGUUACUCACGUUCGUCGCACUGUUCGGGGCAGCGGCAGUGACGAUGGUGAGAUGUGAGAUGCUUCGUCAUCAGCUAUUGGGAAAUGGCUAUGUGAACGUGACUAUGGAAUCACGGACAUGUUUGAACAAUAAGCUGUUGUCCGUGCCCGUCCUGCUGGUAGGCGAAGCGUCAGUGGCAGGUGCACCGCGGAGGAGUUUCAAUAGUGACAAGCGGUUCUUAGCAAUGGACGGAAUAAAAAACCCUACAGACAAGAUAGAUGCCGACGAGAGGGGCCACCUGGUGGCAUCCACGAUCGGCGGCCCACCCGACGAUACCUGGAACAUGGUACCGCAGCGAACGAGUGUGAACCGGAAGAUCUCAAAAGAGAGCAACUUAAUGGGCCGAUGGGACGAGUUCGAAACGUGGAUGGUGGAGGAGAUCAAACGAAAAAAAACGGUUUAUUUCACGAUUGAGGUGAUUUACGAGAGAGCCAGCGGCUGCCGACCGGUCAGUUUUAAGGUGGAUGGCAGGUCCAGCGCUAAACUCUCCACGGGUUACAGAGCCAUAUUCGACAACAGGCCAGGCGGACCUUUUGGUACGGUCGCGCAGACGCAGAAGCAGAUGAAAGACAAGAAACCCUGAUUGCUCGGUCAUGUAUCGACUAGUGGCUUACUCGACGCGACGGCAAUGUAACUACUUAACUUUGUUUUAUAUUAAUAUACUGUUUUAUUACGCCGAUUACUUAACAUACAGACAGUACCUACAUCUGGUGCUAUACGAGAGUUUCUAUCAUAGAAAUCAAUUUUUUUUUAGUCA